GUAACUUCAAUAUAAACACAUCUGAUUGAAGAAUCGAACUGACCUGUCAAAUACGUGUAAAAUGUAUAGUUGUAUUUUUCUUUGAAACAAAAAACACCCCAUUUACUCGUCUUUUGAACCAUUAAUGCAAUAAAUAGCUCAAAACCAUGGGUCUGUGCAAGUGUCCCAAACGGCGAGUCACGAAUCAAUUCUGCUUCGAGCAUAGAGUUUGUGUUUGCGAAAACUGUAUGGUAACAAACCAUCCUAUUUGUGUAGUUCAGUCGUACAUCCAAUGGCUGCAAGACAGUGAUUACAACUCAAUAUGUGAACUAUGCUCCAAAGAAUUACAUGUAGAAGACAGCAUAAGACUUACCUGUUACCAUGUCUUUCACUGGUCCUGUCUGGACCAUUAUUCAAGACAGCUACCCCCUACUACAGCCCCAAGAGGCUACGUAUGCCCAUCAUGUAAAAACCCUUUAUUCCCAGCACCAAACUUAAUCAGCCCUGUGGCUGAUGUUUUAAAGGAGAAGCUUGCCGGAGUCAAUUGGGCAAGGGCUGGGCUGGGAUUGCCAUUGCUUUCAGAGGAAAGGGAAGUAAAAUCAAUGAUUGGGACUACAAAUUCUAUGCCACUGCAGCCAUCACGCUCGUUAACAGCAAGCCCAUCACAUUCGGUGGUUAAUAUGGAUGAACAUGGGGCUUUUAAUAGGAUAGAGAGUUAUCAUGGGAUGUCUGCUAAUAGGAAGGCUUUUCAAGAUAUAAGAGAAACAAAACCGUUAAUUGACCACGACGAUGAUAAAUACAAGAGAAGACCCGCCUCAGAGAUGGUGAGCACUUGGUGGAAAAUAACUUUUGGAGCGCCGCUACACUCCGGCCGUUCAAAAUUCCGAAAAUACUGCACUUACGGCACAUUAAUAAUAUUACUGAUUAUUUUAUUCCUGUUUUUAAUGUCUCGCCUCGGAAGAUAUUCGACAGAAAACGAUCCGAACUUCGAGGAGCAUAAUAAUCCGUUUAUUAACGUGGCUGUCGAUUGAAGUUAUUUUUGAAAAAAAUGUAAAUAGAUUUUAAGAUAUUUUAGGAUUA